AUAAGAUUUUGUAUUUGAUAGGAAAGAGACGGCGUGGUAGGAUUGACACGUAGGUAGGUAUAGGCCGAAGCAAGUGGUUUUGUCGACGAAGCGGAAGGUUCGGACGACACAGCUGGAGACAGGCUGUCACCAACAAAGUCCCACUCACAUCACACACCAACAACAUCUUUCUCUUUCUCUCUCUCUUUUCGUUUCGUUCAUCGUUUCUUUCUUUCCCUUCUUCUUUCUUUUGCCUCUCUCUCUCUCUCUCUCGUUCAUUCAUUCUACGUCCGAAUUAGGGUUUUCUCUUUCUCCUCACUGGAUCAAACCUUCGUUGCACUUGUAGAUGCUGGAAUUGGGCAAUCAAUCCUAGAGAGCAUUUCUGAGGUGGAUGUAUUACCCUUGCGCAAUUCACCGGUAUGAAGUCAUGGAAGAAUGCUAGAUGGUUGAUAUGUGAUGGUAUGUAAUCAUCUACUCAGGGGUGCUUCUGCAUAUUUGAGUUGAGUUCAAUUAUCACACUCUAUUAAUGAUAUUGUGAGCUCAUUGAGUCAUACAUUAGUUCUGGACAAAAGGCACAAGCCCCAGAGGAUUUCUGGUAUCCAUGCUGUCAGAGAGCAUGCGUGGAAUCUGUAUUUCGGGUAAUGCCCCUGUCGAGAUUUGCUGCCGAAGCAUUCGGUGUGGUGACAAUUUGUCUAGUAGCCAUCUUGAUUCUUCUUGGGUUGAUAUGCAUUGCUUACUCAUUCUACUUCCGCUCUCGUAUUCAUAAUCAAGGUUUUUUUCAGCUCAAUUAUUUUAGUGGUCCUUGGAUUAUUAGAAUUGCAUUCAUCCUAUUUGUAAUCUGGUGGGGUCUAGGUGAAAUUUUCCGGCUAACUUUGUUAAGACGCGCUCUUCACUUAAAAUGGAGGGAAACUGUUUGCAAAUGUUACAUUGUAUCGAACAUGGGAUUUGCAGAACCUUGCCUCUUUCUCACACUUGUGUUUCUCCUCCGUGCACCCUUGCAGAGGUUGGAGACUGGAAUUAUGAGCAGAAAAUGGAAUGUGAGGACAUCUGCAUAUAUUAUUCUUUACUGCCUUCCAAUGUUUCUUCUUCAGCUUUUUGUUAUUUUUGUUGGACCUCAUUUAGACAAGGAUAAGGGUUCUGGGAAGAAAUUGCCUCAUUAUUUUACAAGUACAGUCGGCUCCUCUUCAGUUGCAGAGGGGAGUGAUGAUAUUGCCCUUUGUACUUACCCUCUACUUAGUACCAUUCUCCUUGGCCUUUUUGCUAUUAUCCUGACUUCCUACCUUUUUUGGCUUGGUAGUCGGAUUUUAAAAUUAGUUAUCAACAAAGGUUUGCAGAAAAGGGUUUACACACUACUAUUCUCAGUUCUGUGUUUUCUUCCAUUAAGGGUUCUUUUCCUUGGUUUAUCUGUUUUAUCUGGACCUGAGCAUUUUAUGUUUGAAGCCUUUGUUUUCUUGGCAUUUCUUGCACUUGUAUGUUGUUCUGGGUUGUGCAUGUGCACACUUGUGUACCGUCCAGUUGCAGAUUGUUUAGCGCUGGGAAAUUUACAAGACCUGGAAGCUAGGACUAGGAGGUUUAAUGAAGAUCAUAAUGAUACUAUAUCCCUUGUUGCUAACCAGAGUCAUUUGGAAUAUAAUGUUGAGGAAAAUGCUCAGCCUAGUCCCGGUAGGUAUUCUGAUGAAUCAACAAAGCGUGGAUCAAUUUCAUUUCGGACAUUGGAAAAGGGUGUUGCUUCAACUGGAACAUUUGUAGAACUAAGCCUUUUCUCUCCCAGCCGCAGUGCAACACCUCCGGGAUCGCCGUCUCUUCCAGGUUGGCCCAUGCAAUCCCCAGCCCAAGUUGUUGUUGUGUGAAUGUCAAUUUUUGGAUAAGGAAAAACUGAUUGUAAAGGGUUAAGUUUCGAUAAGGCUUUUUUCCUUUUGCUUAUGUUUGCUAAUUCUAGGUAUAUAAUGUUUUUGCCCUAGAAUUUAUUGAGUACCUCUUCUUUUUUUUCUGUGCUAUCUUGAUAACUUUUUUUCUACUGGAUUGUAUUUUUGUACUUUAAAUAUUAGAACACUCUUACAGUUAUAUAUUCUCUUUUAGUAA